GUAAACAUUCCCUUUAGAAGAUUCUUGAUCGGUUCUUCUUACUCUCUUAUUGUGAGUCAGAUUUACCAGUGUUCUAACAUUGGUAUCAAAGCAUCGUUUCUGGUGAUUGGAACUGUAGGCGCAAUACCAGAAAAUUUCCGAUUUAGUUGUGGAAGGUCUGGGCGAGAGCCGAAAAUGGAGAACAGAAUGGAAACCAUAGAGCGGAACCAUACCUCGAUGAAAGGCAUAGCGACGACCAUGGCGGCGAUACAGGCGAGCAUCGCAAAUCUGGAGAAUAAAAUCCGGAGUAGUUCGCGAAGCAGACCCCAUGCCUCUUACGCAUCGUAUCGCAAAUCGCUCACCAGUUCGCAGAAGGAGUGGCGAACUGUUUCUUCUGGUUCGCAAUCGCGGAAGGCUUCACUCAGUUCGCAAGGAUCAUCGCUAAGCGCGAAAGUUUCUUCGCACGCCUCGCAACAGCAGCAUCGGACAAUUAACCAUAGCCCCAUGAUAUCAAGAGGUAAUUCCGGACGUUCUUUGUCUGAUUUUGAUCAUAGAUACCACACAGAAGAUAGAACACCUGCACAAGCUGGAAGAAAAGUGGACCUACCUUGGUUUAAUGGAGAUGAAGUUUAUGGAUGGAUCGUUAGGAUGGAACAUUAUUUCAGUCUCAAGGCUACUGCAGAAAAAGAUAAAGUUGAAGUAACAGCUGGCGCGAUGGAGGAAUGAGCGUUAGCCUGGUUUCCAUGGUGGGAAACUCAAACGAGCGAAAAGAAUUGGAAGGCUCUGAAGGAAGCCAUAACUCGGCGUUUCCAGCCUACACGCAGUCUGAAGACAGAGAACCAGUAUAUGAGAUCGCCAAAAAUUUCUCUCAGUUCGCAAUCUUCUACCCGAACUACUGUUUCUCCUUACAGUUCAUCAUCACAAGUUGACUCCCUAGUCGUUCGCAGGUUUUCUCGCCAUAUUUUCUUCCAGUUUGCAAUCUUCUCCGCAAGCCGUGUCUCCAGGUUCGCAGGCUUCAUCAUACGCUAGCAGUUCACUUCAAGGUGUGAUGCGACCAGAAGAAGAAGCUUCCAGUUCCCAUUGCUGUCCGAGUCGCAGGAGUCUGGCAAGCCACAGCAACCUCUCUAUGAAGAUACGUUCAUCGAUGAUGGUGUGUUACGAGAGGAGAAAUCUGCUGUGGUGACUCUAUCCUCUAUUUUCAUGAAAUAUGAACCUGUCGUUGAUAAAUUUACUGGUUCAAAUACUUGGGAAAGCUCUACAGCGACUGUCCACAUCGAGAAAACUGAGGAAAUAGAAGGGAAUGAUGGAAAGAAGUUUCAGGGAAUCAUCAGCGCAGACAUUGAUGCUACUGAGAAACAAAUCAAACGAGGAUGAAUAACGAAGAUUGAAAAGCAUGGUUGUGUUGUUCGGUUCUACAAUGGCUUGCAAGGUUUUACUUGCGAGUCUGAGUGUGGAUUAGAUCCGAGUUCUGAAUCAAGCUCUAGUUUUCAGGUUGCACCAAAGAGGAAGUUAGUUGGGCAUCUUACUGUUUUGAAGAAAUUCUUGUAUAUUUCUGGUGCAUUGGAGACUCGUGUGAUUACACUAAGUAAGGAGGUUAAGAUUGACAAUAUUGGAAUACUUGCUGGUGGCUCAGGACUAAAUCUGUUCAAUAUGUUAUCCUUUUGGGACUAACAAGGGAACCUGCACACAUGUUACAGGCUGAAGAAAGAGCUCAUGGACUAGAGCAAAAGAAUGCGGUGAACCUGUAUAUCCCUUGUGCAAAGGAUGCCUCGGAUGAAGUUCAUUGGCAGAAUUUAUAUAAAAGUUUGCAUCAAGUUUCAUCGGCAUUGAAUGGAAGAUAUGAGGCAGUCAAGGUCCUCCAGGAAAUAGAGGUUGUACAUCGGGAUGGUAAAUGUCCAAGUACCCUUGUUUCAUCUACCAACUUGUGGGUUGACACUUUGACAGGAGGGCAUGAACUGAACUUUCAUAAAUCAGGUUUAUUCACUAAAGGAUCUGUCUCACUAAUAUCACAAACCUUCUCUGAAAUUCACAUCAACAUAAUUGGUGCCGGUAAAAGCCACAAUUAUGUAUGAUAAUAUUGAUGACAAUGUAGAGGCUUCAAAGUCUGGUUAUCAUGUAAAGCAUGUAGGACCUCAUCCAAUUUCUUAUCUUGGUCAAAGUGGAGAUGGAGAUAAGAACAAUGCAGAAAUGGGUGAAAGAAGUAUUAUCUUUGACAACGUAAAUCCAGGGAGUUUUCAUCUCCAGCUUCUGCUCCUGUUUGCUGUGAAAGAAGUGAAGAUGAAAGAUCAAAUAAUGAAGGACAUGGCCAAGCAUUCUGGGAGGUAUUGGGAAGGGAGAGGUGCAAGAAUGAAGUGGAAGUGGAAGAUCAUGGCUGAUUCCUAUCACCCACCUUGAGGACAAGGUGGUUGUUUAGGGGGGAGUAUUGAUAGGAACAUAGACAAUAAUACUAAUAAGAAUACUAGAAUAGUAUUAAAGAGUGUAAUAGUGUAUAAGUGAAGAUUCUGGGCCAUUUAGUAAAUCCAGAAUAAUGGGUCAGCCCUUAAAGAAAUAGAAGUACUAUAAAGAGUAAGGACGGGAAAAGGAGAGGUAGGCAAGUAUUCAGUUGAGAAUGGGCUGCGAGAUUGGGCAUCUCGAAUUGUCUGAGGCUAUUGUAAACAUUCCCUUUCAUCAAUGAACGUUUCUUGAUCAGUUUCUUGAUCGAUUCUUCCUACUCUCUCUUAUUGUGAGUCGGUUCUAACAUGUAUUAUUUUUAAUAUUUGAUGAUUAAAAUGUCAUUUAAGAGUCUUAAUUGUUACCUAAAAUAGAAAUUGAGACCUUUAUGGGACCUCUAAAAAAGGAAAAUGAGAACCUUAGAAUGGGACAGUGGGAGUACUAUUGAUGAUGAUGAUGAUAAUAAUGAUAAUAAUAAUAAUAAUAAUUAUAAUACUAAUAAUAAUACUAAUAAUAAUCAUAAUAAUAAUACUAAUAAUACUACCACUAAUACUACUACUAAUACUACUACUAAUACUAAUGCCAAUGCCAGUGCCAGGGCCAGGGCCAGGGCCAACACCAACAACAAAGCACCCUGUAUUGUCAAGUGAUCCAACAGAUAAAGAUGCAUGGAAGGAUAGAGGCACAGGUCAGCUUUCUAUAAAAUGCAAAGAAGAUGCUAACAAGGGUACACGGGAAUCCAAACCCACUAUUCUCAUACGAAAUGAGGUUGGCAGGGUGGUGCUUAAUGCAUUGCUAUAUCCAGGCAUCAAGACAAACUUGCAAAAGAAUUCGGUCGUUUCAAUAUUCCACACAUCGAGUGGGGAGAAUAGCAGCAGUGUUGUAGCGCAGACAUGCUUGAUACGUCUAAAAUCUGUAGAGGAAAGAGAUAAGUUGGCGUCGAUCAUCCAGGAAUAUGCUCCUGCUUCAUGAGAGCAAUGGAGCAAAAUUAUGAUUGUACGGAGUUAUUUGUUGUCGCUUGAGCUCCAUCAGGCUAGUCGCACUUGAGGAUAUUUUUGGAUUAAUCAUGUAUUCAAGUACACGUGAAUAUUCAAGUACACGUGAAUGAUGUGAGGGUUUUCAUAUAUCCCCGGAUAUUGUGCUUUUUUGACAACUAAGGUAUUAUGAUGGCCCACCAAUCCAAAAAUAGUUGCCCAGUUGUAGCAAAUGGCAUUUACAUA